AUGGCGGCCCCCCCCAAGUGUCUCACCGGCGACAGCGCCGCCAUCAACGACUUCAUCGACAGGUUUGACACCUUCCUGUUCGACUGCGAUGGUGUCUUAUGGUCUGGCGAUCAUGUCUUUGAAGGUGUCCCAGAGACGCUGGAGCUCCUCCGCUCAAAAGGCAAGAGAAUCGUCUUCGUGACAAACAACUCGACAAAGUCCCGCCAAGAGUACGUCAAGAAACUCAACGGCCUCGGCAUCCCGAGUGAUGUCGAGGACGUCUUCGGCUCCGCCUACUCGUCCGCCGUCUAUAUCUCCCGCAUCCUCAAGCUGCCACCCGGCAAGAACAAGGUGUUUGUCAUUGGCGAGGCCGGCGUCGAGACCGAGCUCGUCUCGGAAGGCGUGCCAUUCAUCGGCGGCACCGACCAGGACUUGCGCAGAGACAUUACCCCCGCCGACUUUGAGGGCAUCGCAGACGGCUCACUCCUGGACCCGGAAGUCGGUGUCGUCCUGUGCGGGCUCGAUUUCCACAUCAACUACCUGAAGCUUGCACAUGGCCUGCACUACCUCCGACGCGGGGCCAAGUUUCUGGCAACCAACAUCGACUCGACCCUCCCGAUGCACCACGACAUCUUCCUCGGUGCGGGCUCUGUCAUGGUGCCCCUCGCGAAUGCGUCUGGCCAAAAGCCGCUCGAGCUCGGGAAACCGAGCCAGGCAAUGAUGGAUGCCAUCGAGGGCAAGUUUCAGCUUGAGCGCUCCAGGACGUGCAUGGUUGGCGACAGGCUCAAUACAGACAUCAAGUUCGGCAUUCAAGGCAAGCUGGGCGGGACCCUUCAUGUGCAAACCGGAGUGGACAAGAAGCAGGACUGGGAAAAGGCGGACGCCGUCGCCGUGCCUUCUUUCUACGCCGAUAAGCUAAGUGACCUGAGACAGGCUGUGUUGAAGAAGUAA